AUUUUCUGUUGAUUUAAAAUCAUUUUGUUUUUUCUUGUAGAGCUUGCAGAAAUGGAACAUCAAGAAUCAAGUGUCGAGAUAUUUGAGAAAUUCACAUGGAAGAUUGAGAACUUCUGUAGCUUGGAUGUUGAGAAAAUAUACUCUAAACCUUUCAUCAUAGACGGUUAUCCAUGGAGGAUUCUUCUGUAUCCAAGGGGAAACAAAGUAAACGACAGCUUAUCAAUUUAUUUGGAGGCUAUGCAAACUGCCAAUAUGUCUAAGGGAUGGAGCAGAGAUGUUAAAUUUAAGUUGCUUCUAUUCAAUCAGCUCAAUACCAACAUCACAAUCACAGAAGAAUCUAGAAAUGAGUUCAAUGCAGGUGAGGUUACCUGGGGUUUCAAAUCAUUGAAGUCUUUAGCUGAGCUUCAUGAUCCUAACAUGGGGUUUAUUGUGAAGGAUGCUUGUAUUGUUGGUGCAGAAAUUUUUGUUUGUAAGUCAGCACAUGAGAAACUAAUAAAUCAAGUAACUAAUUUAACUGCUAUCCAAACAUUUGGAAGUCAAAAAAGCCACAUGGAGGUUGAAGCUCUAAGGCCAGAGCCAGAUGGUAAAGGCACAAAUCUGGGAACUAUUUCAUUAGUUUGCAAUGAACCUACUAAACAUACUGAUGCAGAGUUGUUCUCACCAUCAAUCGAAGAACUUAUGGAUUUCUGUAGCUUAGGACAAAGAGAGGAAAUACUAUGGUCUGGUCAUCCUUCACAUAGUGAGUGCCAGCCGAAGAGAAGUUGCAAGUCUACUGAUUUGGCAUUCGCUGCAUUGGGGAGAGUUAUUUAUUUCCUUAAGACUUUAAAAAUGAAAGACAUGAAUGAACAAGCUUGUAAGGAUCUUCAAAUUUUGUGGGAGGAACUUGAGAAGUUUAGAUUUGAUCUUACUUGGCUAGAGCCUGAUGUUCAAUUUGCUUUAGGAGUGAAAAGUUACGUGGAGAAAGCUUUGGAAGUAGAAAAGCUUAAGGAGAAUGUUGUAGCUCUAGAGCUUGAAACGGAGAGGCUAAAGACAAAGUUGGUUACUGCUGAGGUAAAUCUUUGCAUAGAAAGAGACUUCUUGAAAGCAAAAGGUUUUAAAGAAAAAGAUUUGGAUUCUGAAUUGGGAUGUGGGAGUAUAAAUUGUUUUUUUUUUGCUGGAGAUAUGGAGGAGCAUAAACAAUCUAGUACUGUUGAGAAAUUUGAGAAAUUCACAUGGAAGAUUGAGAACUUCUCUCGCUUGAACACCACAGAGGAUGUUUGCUCCGAGCCUUUUGUCCUUGGCGGCUAUCCAUGGAGGAUAACUUUUUAUCAAUGGGGUGGCAAUGCAGACAACUUAUCGAUUUAUUUGAGUGCUGUCAAAACUGCUAACAUGUCUAUAGGAUUGCGCCGACUUGUGAAAUUUAGGUUGUUUCUGUUUAACCAGAUCCACAGCAAUAGAACAAUCACACACGAGUCUGAACGAGAGUUCAAUGCAAGGUUCAGUAUCUGGGGUUUUGAUGCUUUCGUGUCUUCAAUUGAACUUCUUGAUCGUCACAGUGGGUUUCUUGUGAAAGGUGCAUGUAUUUUUGGUGCAGAGGUUUCUUUUUUGGAGUCAAAUUAUGAGAAGCAAGUGACUCAAAAGAAUAGUAAAACUGUACAUAAGGAAGUUGGAGUCAUAAGGUCAAAGCUUGGAGAAGGUCCAGGCCAAAAUCUUGGCGAGCUUUUGCAUUUCAAGGGUUUAGGACAAAUAGAAAAAGCUUUUGUUCCAUUGCUAGAAGAAUUAUGUUCUCAACACCCUUCACUUAUUGUAUGCCAGCAGAAAAGGAGUCGCAAGUUUAGUGAAUGGGUAUUCACGGCUUUGGGCAGAGUUCUUUAUUUCCUUAAGACUAAAAAGGUGAAAGAUAUGGAUGACUUAGCUUGUAAGAAUCUUCAAAUUUUCUGGGAGGAGCUUCAGCCAUUUGUUUUUUAUUUGACUUGGCUAGACCCUCAUGUUCAAUCUGCAUUAGGAAUGAAAAAUUAUUUGAAGAAGGUUAAUGAGGUAAAAAAGCUAAAGGAGAAAGUGGUGGCUUUAGAGUUGGAAAUGGAGAGGCUUAAGGCAAAGAUGGUUACUGUUGAGGUAAAUCUUUUUGCUGCAAGAGACUAUUUGAAAGCAAAAGACUUCUUAGAGAGAGAUUUGGAUGCUGAACUAGGAUACUGAAACCAUAAAUCUAUAGCCUGGAUAUGCAUGGAUUUCAAUGUUUUGAAUGAUUUAUCUUAAAUUGGUAUGAAAAUAUAACACGUCAUUUCUUAUUUUCA